AUAGAGAUAUAGUUCGUGAAAGGUUGCGAUAUCCGAUGCCAAGCCCCUAUAUCACGUGAUCAAUACCCGCCCUGCUGGCCCGCGUGUUUCCCGCAGAAUGCGCCAAACGAAGCAUCGCCCAAAAACACGGGCUUGAAAGCGGUCGUUCAUAACGCCCUUUUUCACGCCCGCCACCCGCCAAUCAACGCGCUGCAUUGGUUUUGACUGAUCCAGGACAUCCCCCUAGGCUUAGUCAUUCACCGUGUGGGCAACUUUCAGGCGAAAUCACCCUUUCCCUUGCCGCCCGCCUGGAAAACCUAUAUAAACUAGAGCCCCUCUCCCGACCACGCUGUUCUUGACGUUCCUUAUUUCCCUUUUCCUUCUCGCAACCUCUAAUUUCAACAACUGGCCCGCAACGCGUCGCGUCUUAUCAUCCCACAACCCACCCUAUUUCAUCAAUUUUCAUCACUCUAUAAUCUCCUAAGUCUUCAAACAAUAUGUCUGGACGCGGCAAAGGUGGCAAGGGUCUCGGAAAGGGUGGCGCCAAGCGUCACCGCAAGAUCUUGCGUGAUAACAUCCAAGGUAUCACCAAGCCCGCCAUCCGUCGUCUCGCUCGUCGUGGUGGUGUCAAGCGUAUCUCUGCCAUGAUCUACGAGGAGACCCGGGGUGUUCUCAAGUCCUUCCUGGAAUCCGUCAUCCGUGACGCCGUCACUUAUACUGAGCACGCCAAGCGCAAGACGGUCACCUCGCUGGACGUGGUCUACGCUCUUAAGCGCCAGGGCCGUACCCUCUACGGUUUCGGUGGCUAAAUGCCUCGCCUUCGGUGCCUUUCUGUUUUGUCCCUCGUCCGGAGUGUACCGGCGGUUGUCGUCACACGGCCGAUCCUCGCUGGCUCGAAUGGACGGAGGUGCUGAGCGCUUCACGGAGUGAUACAUGUUUUUCAAUUCUAUUUUUUUUAACGGGGUCUACUUCAUGAUUACCAAUGGGUUCGGGGUUUUGGAUGGUCGGGUUUUGUUAUUCAGAUGGAUGGUCUUUUUACUGGGUUUUAGGAUAGUUUCGCCUGGAGGCAGCAAUCAGUUGAUCGUCUGUAGAUUCAUUGCAAUCACAGUCCAAUUACCUAAUUGUUUUACUUGGGAGUGGUAGAGAAGCAUAGACACGGUGCAGAGGGUAGAGUUGAUGAUGUUUUAAGAUCACAUGCCGCGACCGUCUCGUGCACGGACCACACGUGAGCAUGACGUUAUUCCCAAUCCCAAGCUGUUGGAACUUUUUGAACCUCGGCCAAAACACUCCUUCAGACUAAUCAUUGCAUGAUAACGCUUCGAUCCUUUUCUAUCCCAUCUCUGUUCGUUAUCAACCCUCUCCCGACCACCUUUACCUUGAUUGCGAUCCCACAGCCCAGGACAUGAGUAUUAUCCUCAUCAACGCUUAGAUGUACUCCGCAUAAGUU